UGGUACCUAUAUUGUGAAGAACCUACAGGAGGUCAAAACUAUUUCCGGUCUGCGCUAGCUUCACAAUGAUGCGCAGUUUGUAAAUGUCCGAGGUGGGAGGCGUCGUUUUUUUUCUGAUAUAAAACAUAAUCGCAGAAGAUGAAGAAGCCUCAAGAAGCUAUGAGGCCUUCGCUCCUCAUGACUUUGGUCGUUGUACUCAGCCUCCUGGUUCCGCUUCGCAGUCAGCCGGCCAUUGACAGGCCGGUUCAGGAUCUGAUCAACAAACACUCGGACUUCUCUACUCGGUUGUAUCGUGCACUUGCCAGCCGCACAGACAACAACAUCCUCUUGUCCACAGUCUCAGUAUCACACGGCCUGUCAGCGUUGCUCGGCGCUACGGGUGGGUCGAGCCAGGACCAGUUACAGCAGGUGCUUGGUUUUGCCGGACUGGAUCUUCAAAGCUUCCCAGAACUAUUUCAAUCGAUGAAAACAGUUCUGCUUGGGGGCGGGGCCCUUAACUUGAAACAGGGUGUGGCCCUAUUCCCCGACCUGAGCAUCCAGGUGUCAACGUCAUACCUGGACCUGGUUCAAACCAAGUACGGGGAGACUGUUAAGAGCCUGGCCUAUUCAACGCCGCAGGAAGCUGCUGACACAAUCAACAACUGGGUCCAGCAGCAGACCGGGGACCAGGUGCAGGAUUUGGUGGCUGACCUUGACCCCCAGACGCAGCUGAUGCUUGCAACUGCCACCCUUUACCAAGGUCGGUUAAGUCAGGCCUUCAACGCCAGCGUCACUCAGGAUGAACGUUUCUUUGUGGACAAGUACCACGUGGUCAUGGUUCCAAUGAUGAUCAGGGCAGACAAAUACUACCUGGCGUACGAUCGUUUGCUCAAAGUGGGUGUGUUGAAGCUGCCAAUGGUAGACGGAGCAGCCAUGUUGGUUGUGCUGCCUGAUGACAAUGUGGACAUCAAUGCAGUGGAAGAGGAAGUGACAGCAGAAAAAAUCCAGUCCUGGAUUCGGCAGCUGAAGAAGACGAAGUUGGAGGUGCAGUUGCCACGUUUCCUGUUGGACAGUUCCUACUCUCUGCGGGAUGUUCUGCAGACUCUGGGGAUGGUCCAAGUGUUCCAGGAUGACGCAGACCUGAGCAACAUGGGUGCCGCUAAAGGCACCAAACUCUCGCAGGUGUUUCAUAAAGCCAUCCUGUCAGUUAACGAGAGUGGUGGUAAUGAUACAUCUGAAGGCGGAUCCCAAGCCUUCUCCACCCCGCCUCCUCGACUUACCAUCAACAGACCCUUCAUCUUUGUUGUGUACCAUCAGACCAGCGGUGGCGUGCUCCUAAUUGGUCGCAUACUUGAUCCCACCAAAAAAUAAAAGUGCUGACAAGGCAAUUUAGAGGCAUCGAGUAUGCUGCAGUACCAAAAGUGUCCAGGCUGUGUGUGCUGCAUGUAUCUGGGGAUUCUAUACAGACGCCACUCUACUUACAAACACUGGCGUUACAAAUAUUCGGUCACUUUUUCUUCACAAUGCGUCCACGCAUCCAAAUUUUGAGUUGUGUGCCUUAAGCGUAUUACAACAUUUGGCCGAAAACUAACUGCUGCAAAUCCUCACAGCGAAAAAAACAACAACAUGCAAACAAAAAAAGCAAGAGAACAACAGCAAAGGAAUAGUGAUAUACAAAUAGUAACAUUAGAAAAUGACAAAACUUUACAAACAUGGAACGUGCGUAAGUCGGGUCGCGUCUGUAGUGACCACUUUAUUAGGAACAUUUAUACUCUAUAAUCAACACCUGUGCAUGAGUUGACCUUUCACCAGUUGUAGUUUUUCCCAUUGUGCUUGUUAAAUGUGAUUACAUAAUGACUUAAUUUCAACGUAAAGGAAAUGCUGAAAAUGUUCAUUGAAAGGAAGCAGAACUAGUAAUCUUUAAAAAAAAAAAAAAGAUUCCUUUUAAGCAAAUGUAGAAAUGAUGGUGAACUUCCCUCAGCUUGAACGUAAACAGAAAACUCAUGUUCCUGUCAUUAUUUACACAAAUAAACAAUAAUUAUAUCAUGA